AUGUCUUCCCCAACUCAGGUCCUCUUCCCAUCCUUCCACCUGAAGAUUUGCGGUGAACUCUACGCACCAGCAGACGGUGCCCCAGACCGCAAAGGCGCCGCCGUGGUAGUCAGCCACCCGAUGACCGGUGUGAAAGAGCAAACCUCGACCGACCACGCGAAAGCUCUGGCUAAGGCCGGCUUCUACGCCCUCACCUUCGACGCCGGUUACCAAGGCGAAAGCACCGGCGAGCCCCGCGGCCUCGAAGACCCCCACCAGCGUGUCGAAGACAUCAAGGCAGCCGUCAGCUACCUGACAACACUGAAGGAUCAGGUGGACGCAUCGCGGAUCGGAGUGCUGGGCAUCUGCGCCUCGGGCGGCUACGCUUCCUACGCCGCUCAGUCGGAUGCUCGCAUCCGCGCUCUGGCUACCGUCAGCGCGGCCUGCGUCGGUCGCAUGACACGCAACGGAGGUGUGCAUGAACACAACAAGGAGAAUGCCCAGGCUAUCGCCGGUGCCCUUCAGUUUGCCGGCCAGUGGCGGACUAACGUCGCCAGCGGUAUUCCCAGUGAGGUCCCUGCCAUGUUCGAUGCGACGAAUGUGGCGGACGAUGCGGACCCGUUCUUUAAGGACGCUGUCGCGUACUAUGGAACGGCCAGGGGAAAGCAUGAGCGCUCGACUCAGAAGGUGCCCCCCGUCAGCUAUGAUCUUAUGAUUCCUUACGACUCGUUCAACUUCCAGCACCUCAUCUCGCCCAGACCUCUAUUAAUGAUUGCUGGCAGUGAGGCGCAGACGCUUCACUACAGCAAGAAGGCAGUUGAGACUGCGAAGGAGCCUAAGGAGUUGUUCGUUGUGAAGGGCAAGAACCACUUUGACAUCUAUGAUGAUCUGAAUGAGUCUGGCCCCAAGCUGGUUGAUUUCUUUGGAAAGAACCUUCAAUAG